AUUAAUAAUAUAUAAUAAUAUAUUAUUCACAAAAACGAAUAAUGCAAGAUCGAGAUGACUUCUAAGGAUCCGAAUCAGAAAUCGGAAGAAAAUAGGAAGAGAUGCUAUUUAAGUGUAUACGUAUAUUCAUAGCAUUGUCGAUUUAUUUAAUUUUGUAAAUCAUAGCAAUUCGAAUUGAAUAUUAGAUCAAAUGGAUUAUUAUUGGACUUAUAUUUUUCCUAUGCGAUUCUGUCAUUUGGAUCUUAAGUAGCAAAUGGCUAUGUAUUUAAUAUAUAUUUUACUAGAUUAAUAGCAAUAUCCAAGAAUUGCCAAAGUAUUUUUAGCAAUAGCUUAAAAUUCUACUCUAGGAUUAUUGCCUAUUUUUAUAAUCUUACUUUGUUUAUAACUAGAUGGAUUUAUUAAUUAGAAUCCCAUUCUAAUUUUUUUACCUCUAUUUCUUUGGAAGAUUUUAUUAUUAUCGUUCCUGAUUUUCAUUAUACCUGGAUUAUGCGAUGAUAAUUAUGGAUCCAAAAAAUGGGUAGCAGUCAUUAUAAUUUAUUAUGUUUCCAUCAUUUAUACUGAAAUUACAGCAUUAAUAUAGUUACAAUAAAAUUUUAAUUGGUUUUGGGUUACUUCAUUAUUAUUAUUUGCCAUAUCCUAUAAUAUAAUCACACUCAUUACAGAUUGUGUAACUUCUAUAAUAUGGCCAUGCUUUAUUUUAGUAUGUUUCAUUUAUUGUUUAACACAAUUAACAAUUAUUUUAAAUGAUAUAAACAAUGAUUAAUAACCAUCAAAAUCUAUCUAAUAUUAAGCAAUUAUGCCAAUCCUAAUAAUUAGUCUAAUUAAUUUAAUCAAAUAAAUAAUUGUGUGA